AUGGUCCCCAUUGUGUCCCCCCCCCCACAGCUGGACGCGGAGAGCGAGGUGAACAACGAGAUGGCCAACAGGAUGUCCCUCUUCUACGCCGAGGCCACCCCCAUGCUCAAAACGCUCAGCAAUGCCACCACCAAGUUUGUUUCGGAGAACAAGACCCUCCCGAUCGAGGACACAACCGACUGCCUGAGCACCAUGGCCUGCGUCUGCAGGGUGAUGCUGGAGACCCCGGAAUACCGGAGCCGCUUCACCAACACCGAGACCCUCCUCUUCUGCAUGAGGGUGAUGGUCGGUGUCAUCAUCCUCUACGACCACGUCCACCCCGUAGGGGCCUUUGCAAAGACCUCCAAGAUUGACAUGAAAGGCUGCAUCAAAGUCUUGAAAGAUCAACCCUCAACCAGCACCGAGGGGCUCCUGAACGCUCUGAGAUACACCACUCGGCACCUCAAUGAUGACACCACGUCCAAACAGAUCCGGGCUCUGCUGCAGUGAGUGUGGG